CUUUCCAAUUUGUUUUGUCAACAAGGAUGCUGCAUCGCCGAGGUGUCAUCGUCCACAGCCGCCGCGGCUUGUCCACGGGCCUCCACGCUCUGUUCCAGGACAAGAUUGCACUGGGUAAAACGUUGCCCAAGCUAGAGGACAAUGCCAUCAAGCUCCAAAUGUACGCCUUGUACAAGCAAGCCACCGACGGCCCCAACACGCAACCCAAGCCAGGCAUGUUUGAUUUCGUCGGCAAAGCGAAAUGGGAAGCAUGGACAUCGCUAGGCACGUUGAGCCACGAUGACGCGAAGAAGCGCUACUGCGACCUCAUCGACGGGCUGGCCAAAGGUGCUAGUGGGUCAAACGAUGCUGCCACUGCUACAUCAUCCUCCAACGAGGCGGCGGGCGGCAUCAUUCAUUCCACCCAAGCCAAAGGGAUCGUCACCAUGACGUGGGACCCCAAGACACCGCUGGAGGGCGAGGUUAUUGAUGAGCUCACGUCAGCCAUUCAAAAGGCCACCGACGACCCAGCGACUAAAGUGCUGGUGUUAAAGCUUCAACAACAAAGCACCGCAAGUCCAGCACCAUCUACUAGCAACAAUAUUAAGGCGUUGAUCGAAGUCAUUGUGGAUUUCCCAAAACCGUUGGGUGUGGUUGUCCACGGCCCUGUGAGUGGGUUGGCAGUAUCCCUAGUCGGGCUCGCCGAUGUUGUGUUUUCCCACGAACGAGCGACCUUUCACAUCCUUCCUGGCUCCCAUAUCCCUGCCGCUCCAGCUUUGAUUUAUAAGCUCGGAUACAUCCAAGCUAAUGCUUUGCUUUUUCUCGGCGCUAAACUGUCGGCAGCCGCCGCCCUUCGCCACGGACUCAUUACGGCUAUGUUGAAUGCAGACUUAGACAAGUGGGCGUUCACGCAGUUCCAGUAUGGGAAAAAUCCAAUGCUGAAACAAUCUAUUUCAAAUAAGUCGAAGGAAAUAGUGUCUAGCUAUUAUUGUUUAUUGGGUUGGACGACUUCGAGUUAGAACCGUGUGUACUAGUGGAGACUUCAUUCUUACUACUAGUACCUAGUAGUACUAGUUGGUGGGCUGAGUGGGUGUCUGUACUAUCGAUUGUGUGAGUAGUACAUAGUAUGUGACGAUGGUCGAUCGAUAUUUUCGUUGGUGGAAUAGAAAUAUAUAGACAAAUAUAGACAUGUUUGUUUCGAAAUAUAUACGGUUUGUUUCGCAUAUAUUUACAUAUAUAUAUUAGUAAUAUUUUGUUGUAAUAUACAUCAUUAGUUUUUGGAAUUGUAUAUUGGAUCUCUAACUAUACGUGGUUUCGUAUAUAUAUAUAUACUAGUAUAUAUAUAUGU